CAAAAGUGUAAUGACUUUUUUGUUACGUCACACCCGCUGAGACUCAGACGGAGGGUCCUGGUUGGUGGGAGAGUCCAGUGUUCUUCUAUCAGACAGAUGCGGGGCUCUCGGCCUGCCUCGGUGAAAGAAGCCGGGGGCGAUACUAGCGACUGAAGGGAGCUUCUUGCGCCCUCCGCUUCGGCUUCUCUCGCAGUUUAUUGUGUUUGCUGCUUAUAUAGGGGAGAAAAUGGCUGCCGAUACUUCUGUUGAAAUGUUUUCAAACGUUCUGGAGACUCAGAUACUUCAGACAACCGAGGCUAUAGAACAACAACUUGAUGAAAAGAUUGAAAAACUUGAUCAGAUGGAUGAAGAUGAAAUGGAACUCCUAAAGCAAAGAAGACUUGAAGCAUUGAAGAAAGCCCAGCAACAGAAACAAGAAUGGCUGUCAAAAGGCCAUGGGGAAUAUAGGGAAAUCCCCAGUGAAAGAGAUUUUUUUCAAGAAGUGAAAGAGAGUAAAAAUGUGGUCUGCCACUUCUAUAAAGAUACAACUUUCAGAUGCGUAAUAUUAGACAAGCAUUUAACUACAUUGGCAAAAAAGCACAUUGAGACCAAGUUUAUCAAAUUAAAUGCUGAAAAAUCCCCAUUUCUGUGUGAGAGACUUCGCAUCAAAGUAAUUCCCACACUAGCUCUUGUAAAAGAUGGGAAAACCCAGGAUUACGUGGUUGGCUUCACUGAUCUGGGGAACACAGAUGAUUUUACCACAGAGACCUUGGAAUGGAGAUUAGGCUGUACAAAAAUAAUCAACUACAGUGGCAACUUGAUGGACCCCCCUUUCCAGAGCCAAAAGAAGUUUGGAACCAGUUUCACAAAGCUGGAUAAGAAAAUGAUCAGAGGAAAGGCAUACGAUUCAGACUCUGAUGAGGAUUAGAUGACAUAAUAAUUAAAAAUAUCUGUAAAUCAUCUUUUCUUUUAAGCGUGA